ACCACCUCACUCAUUCAAGAAACAGCUCACCCUUCCCUCCAUUUUGUCACUUUCCAAUACCUGAACAAACAAAACAAAACUCUCUUACGUCAUCUUUCUCUCUCUAACUUCUCUCUCUACCUCGCCGGACCUCCGCCGGAACACCCUCCACCACCUCCUCCUCCAACACACGCGCCACCCAGCUACCCUCGAUCCCUCAAAAAAACAGAAAAAAAACCCGGUUCAGAAAGCUUGUAUCUUCAAACAAAAAUGGCGGUGAUGAACCUCCGGUGGUUAUUUUUCUAACAAAUAAUUGAAUCCCCGCUAUUUAAUUUGCAAAAAAGUUUUGUAAUUUGGAAAGUAAAUUUAGAAAUGGCGGUGGAAUAUAGAUGUUGUGAGAGUGAAUUUUUUAUACAUAUAUUAAUAAUAGUGUUCUUAGUAUGCUUUGCUGGAUUAAUGUCUGGAUUAACUUUAGGGUUAAUGUCCAUGAGUAUUGUUGAUCUUGAAGUUCUUGCUCAGUCUGGUACUCCUAAGGAUCGUAAACAUGCUGCAAAGAUAUUACCAGUUGUCAGAAAUCAGCAUUUGUUACUCUGCACUCUGCUCAUUUGCAAUGCUGCUUCUAUGGAGGCACUCCCGAUUUUUCUUGAUAGUCUGGUUACAGCUUGGGGUGCUAUUCUUAUCUCAGUGACAUUGAUUCUGCUCUUUGGUGAGAUUAUUCCACAAUCUGUUUGUUCUCGGCAUGGUUUGGCUAUUGGCGCAACAGUGGCUCCAUUUGUUCGCGUUCUUGUCUGGAUCUGCUUUCCUGUUGCCUAUCCUAUAAGCAAGCUUCUAGACUAUCUUCUGGGUCAUGGGCAUGUAGCACUCUUUCGUAGAGCUGAACUGAAAACACUUGUAAAUUUUCAUGGUAAUGAGGCUGGAAAGGGCGGAGAAUUGACUCAUGACGAGACAACAAUCAUAGCUGGAGCACUUGAGCUCUCUGAGAAAACAGCUAGUGAUGCCAUGACACCUAUAUCUGAAACUUUUGCGAUUGACAUUAAUGCCAAACUUGACAAGGAGUUAAUGAAUCUGAUAGUGGAGAAAGGUCAUAGCAGAGUGCCAGUUUAUUACGAGCAGCCUACAAAUAUAAUUGGACUAAUUCUGGCCAAGAAUUUGUUGGCAAUUCACCCUGAAGAUGAAGUGCCUGUAAAGAAUGUUACUAUACGGAGGAUUCCAAGGGUUCCAGACACUUUGCCUUUAUAUGAUAUUUUGAACGAGUUUCAGAAAGGUCACAGCCACAUGGCUAUUGUUAUAAGAAAGUGCAACAAGACAGAGCAGCCGGAGAACAUCAACGGUGCUGACUAUCCAGUAAAAGAAGUUAAAAUCGAUGUGGAUGGUGAAAAGCCUGCUCAAGAGAAGACAUUGAAGAAUAAGAGGCCACCGCUUCAGAAAUGGAAGAGCUUCCCCAAUAACGGCAAUAAGUCAUUUAGGGGCUCGAGGAGCAGGAAGUGGGCAAAGGAUAUGGACUCGGACAUCCUGCAUAUAAAUGGUAAUCCGCUGCCCAAACUUCCUGAAGAAGAAGAAGCUGUGGGUGUAAUCACUAUGGAAGAUGUCAUUGAAGAGCUUUUGCAGGAGGAGAUAUACGAUGAGACGGAUCAUCACGUCGAUGACUCAUAACCUCCAGAGAGAAUCAGAAUGUGCGGAAGACGUAGAUAAUCACGGAAAAUUCGUUGCAUUUGUUUCGGCAGCUAGGGUAUAGUAGAGCAGGAAUAGAAUGAUGAAGCACUCUGUCUAUUAUGCGGUAUGUAAUAGUGACUGUAUCAAGAAAAGCAAUAUGUAUGAAACUUAGAACUCGGGUUCUGGUAGUCUGUAAGUUUAAUCAUCUUGGUAGAGUAAACAAUUCUUUGUUUGUUCUUAAA